GCCGCGGUACUUCUCACAUCCGCUAGAUUAGCGGAACUAUACGGAGAGGAUAUCUUCCCCUACCGUGCCACACCAACUGUUGUGCUUCGAAAAGGACAUCUACAGACUUGGCGAGAGAACAGGAAAGCGAGCGUGAAAGAGCGAGCUUUCCGGUCAGUCGGGUGGCGAAAACCGGCGGGUAAGUGGAAGGGUAAAGCGCUAAAAUUUUCAAACGGAUGAGAGAGCCCGCCAAAUGCGCCUGAUCACUUAUCCCUUUGACUGUCGCCUCAGAGUGGAAAGCCGAAGUUGCAGACGCCCCCUAACGACGACGACGUUUCAGCAGACGAACAGUCAGCUGAGAACAGUUAAGCGAUAAGCAGACGACACGCCAUGUCAACAACGCAGACGACGACUAAACACGGAGUUCUGUUUCUUAUUCCCGCACUGGCAGGACCGUGGACAGAUCGAGCUAUCGGCACGGAUAGAACUGUAUUCGUCGGGUAGUCCGGAGUGGGCUUGUGCGGGUUAUUCUACUGGAAACGCAGUGAUAGCCGUUAGAGCAAAGGAAGAAGGGAGAGAAAUAGACGGCUACAGCCACCGUCAGAGGCAAAAUAGGUACUUGGUUGCGUUAUUGAUGUGAGGUAGGCCGUAGAUGCAGCUGCAACCGCAGCAGCAGCAGCAGCAGUUCGCGGCUUGUUCCUUCGAUAAGUCCUGACUACGGACUGUGAUGCUGCUGUGAGUUGAUCGUUCUAGCAUGAAAGCUAUCAUCGAUAUCCGUAGCGGCAGCAACAAUAUUAGACAGCGAGCCUUUGCUCGAACACGCUAGAUGCCUGUACCGUUUCUGGAUAUUUUGCGCCAGUUGUACCCUGAGAAAACCGUGGUAGUGGCUACGGUGAAAGUUCUAGUGAUAAUAAUCAGCGACGUUUGGCUGUUGCUGCUGGUUGUCGCUGGUUGCUCUCUAAAGGCUCGGUCGGAAUCGAGCUGACAGCAACGUUGCCGGACGGCGCUGCUGGAUUGAGAAGAAGCAGAAACGAGUCAACGAGAGUGCAUGGAGUAUAUGUAGUAAAGGGCAGGUAGUGUGCGCUUGAAUGCGCAGAGUGUGAGUCGUCUCAACGGGUUCGAUCGAGCGCCAGCAGCGUCGACGGUAGUGUACUCGAUUCGAAUAUACUCGAUAAGUAUACACAGAAGCAGAUCAGCACAAAUUCGUGAUUUACAACGGCUGUGAUAAAACAACGACGGCCAUUAACAAUAGAUAAACGUCGCUAGAGAUCUCGUGUGAACGAGUCUCCGACUCAGUCGACCUGCCAGUUACACAGUGUGGGUCGAUCAAGCGCUUGGCGGCUAGACAUCGACGAUAUCUAGACAUACCGGUCCAGGACGUGAGCAUACGUUCGCGAUACGGUGCAGCACGACAAGUUGAGCGAAUGACAACCCGUGACAGAGAAGUAAAUCAACUUGGGAUUAGCCAUAUCAUCAGUGGUAAUAUUUUAUCUAAUAGUUGUGAAGAUAGUUGUAAAGCGAAAGAACAAAGUUGUAAGGCAAUCAGUUGUUGUCACUCUGGCAAGAUCUGUUUACAAACAGGAUUCUCGAUUGCAACGUUCUCUGUCAUGGAUAUAAUGUACGCUGCCGGUGCAUCAUAAUUAAUGAUGACAGGUUGAUCAUGAUCAGCCUACAUUAGUUUGUUGUAUGGAAGGAUAGCCUUUGCUCGGCAGUUCCAAUCAUUAGUGAAUCGUGUCCCUCUAUCCGUGUGUUUGUGGGUGAUUUCUGUGUACUUAAGGAUACGUAUAUGACCGAAGCAAAUAGAGAAAAAAGGGAAUAUAACAACAACAGACAAAGGACACAACCUUAUCAACAACACGAAUUGCGUCGCAGCAGCAGCGAGCGGGCGAGAUUCCAAACCCAAUCACUGUUGUUUAAUUAUGGAUUUAUUAUCUCUCAUAGGACCUAUUGACUCCUAGAUCAUUUAUCUCGUACACACUUGUACCUGCCAGUCUUAGUCAAUUUUAGUAAUACUGCAGAUUUUGCCGGUCAGGAAAGGUGACCAUCUACAGAAACAGGUCAUAUCGCUGAUGGUUGCUUGACCAUACACUUGUAAACAUGCACCAAUUGAUAAACUGAAUGAAGUGCCGUUCCUGAGAAGGUGUUGUAAACCUAUCGGUAAGUCCAGCCUCUGAUUUUGUGGAUUCGAACGGGAAAGCUCAUCAAGCAGAGUGUUAGAAGCUGGGGUGGAAGUGUGUUCGAUCUGCUUCUGCCACCCCUCCCUCGAAAGGAUAAGUGCUUUGUCUGGUUACCUUGUGUGCUUUUACUCCUGUUUCUCCUAUAUUGGUAAAGAAGCGGAGAAAGACUGCACGAUGUCGCAGCAUAGUGAUGAGGUAGUUACUUCAACGGACUCGUUUUGGGAACCUGGGAAUUAUAAAAGGACAACGAAACGAAUCGAAGAUGGGAAUCGUCUUUGUAACGACCUCAUUCAGCUAGUCACCGAAAGGGCGGAAAUGGAAAAAAACUACGCCAAAGGUCUUAAGACUUGGGCAAAAAAGUGGAAUGAUAUAAUCGAAAAAGGCCCUGAAUACGGUACAACUGAAGCAGCAUGGAAAGGCGUCACGAUGGAGGCCGAACGUGUCUGUGAGGUCCAUUUGCGAGUAAAGGAACGACUGUUGGUCGAUGUAGUCCAAGAAGUGAAACGAUGGCAGAAAGACAAUUUUCAAAGGAACAUGAUGCAGCAACUUAAACAGAAAAAAGAAAUGGACGACGCCUUCAAAAAGGCGCAAAAACAGUGGGCGAAAAUGCUCGAAAAAGUCGAACGUGCCAAAGCUGACUAUCAUGCUGCUUGUAAACAGGAGCGGUCCGCUCAGAAUCAGCAGAGAAACGCCGGAGCAGACAGUUCGCUUAGUCCUGACCAGAUGAAGAAGCUCGGCGACCGUGUUGAAAAAUGCCGAGAAGAUGUCGCCCGCUGUCGCGACAAAUACGACCAGGCGCUAAAGGAGAUCGGCGAGAACAACGAUCGGUAUAAAGCGGACAUGUCAGAUGUGUUUCAGCGUUGUCAAGACAUGGAAGCACGACGAUUGACGUUCUUCCGCGAGAUGCUGCUUGGUGUCCAUGCGUGUCUUAACCUCACAGACGACUCCGAACUACCGCAAAUCUACGAUGAAUUCCGACACACGGUUGCUAACGCUGAUCACUCAAAAGACCUAAAAUAUUGGGCAAAUAAUCAUGGUGAUGGCAUGCCGACGAUGUGGCCCCAAUUCGAGGACUAUGUCGAGGAAUUUCGAGACAUUAUACGUGACAAAGGAGCAAAAAAAGGAUUCUCCUCGGUAGAUGGUGGAAUUAUGCUCGUCAAUCAGCAGCGAAUUAACGACGAUGUCCCUGACUACAUCGAGAAUCCUACCGCAACGAAUAAAAAGAAGGUUCCAGCCGCAUCGGCUCCCUCAAUAAAGAAGAACACUGGUAAUAGCCAAGCUGUUGAGGCAAAGAUGAACUCGGCCAACCGCCAAGCUCCGACACCUGGAAAACCUUUGUCGGAACAUGAAAAUGUCAACGGGGGGUCCAACGGCACCUCCAGUCCUACGAAAGAGUCCCGAUCAUCGAAUCAGGCUUCUCCCGCAAACGGCGGUAACCCAUUCGGCGAAGCAGAUGAGUGGGAAGAAGAAGAUUCGGAAGUUCUACCAGAAGUGGAUGACGGCCGACCUGGUGUUCCCGUACGAGCGCUGUACGAUUAUAAAAAAACAGAAGAUGACGAGUUGUCGCUAACUCGAGGCGACCUGUUCGAGAAACUCGAAGACGAAGACGAGCAGGGCUGGUGUAAAGGCCGGAAGAACGGCCGCAUAGGACUUUAUCCAGCAAACUAUGCCGAACCCAUCUAAAUUAAGGAGAACCGAGGACAUAUGAGAGAGUUAUAUUAAAAUCAAAUCUAUGUUCGACUACUGGGGAAAACGACUACAAAUAGCCCUCUGUCUUUUUGCAUCGAAUUAAAAACCUGCCAGUCCUCGAUGACCUCUAAGCGUAUAGCAACGUUUGCAUCAAACAGAAGUGUAGUUAUAACCACGGAACUACACAUACAGGCCCAACAAUUUAGACAUAAAACCAACCCUUACUAGCCGGGCAAGAGGUUGAAAAAAAAAUUGCAUACAGUCCAACUGAAAAAAUGCGUAACACCUAUGACUGUUCUAUGAUUGAUUCAUUAAUUUCCAGAUAGUUGUGCUUUUACCGUAGGUGGGUCCAAAAUCAUUUCUAAAUUUGAGGUCUACAGUUUGUGUAUCAAUCGCAGUUGAACAAUUGAUGCCAAGAAGACAUAAUACCACUUUAAAAUCAGGUGGUGACAUGUGAUUAUAAAGUGGAAACGAUAAAUGUGAACGCGAUAAGAUAUUGUUAUGAUGAGGAAGAUAAAGAGAGCUAAGCAGUACCUCGCUAGUUUGUGCAUUCUUUGCGUCACCAGUAACAAAGUCUAGGGGACUAAACCACAGAGGUUAAUCAUGGUUACUUCUUCGUUCGCAUAAUGAAGAAAAUUAGGUUAUUCAUGGACAUAACCCAUUCAAAAGAGGGGGCCUAGACAUAUUAACAUAGUGUGAAUGGGCCAAGGGGCUUCAGCCGUAUUCCGAAUCUCCAAGAUGAGCCUGAUGAUAUGAAUUGGCACGUCCGGCUGUAUAGUUUUAGGUAAAGAACAAAAAAGGCGCCACAAUAGGCGAACCUCGAAGCGAUCCUCCACACGACGGCCAGUUGUAGAAACAAAGUGUAGCACCUGUCGCGUGCUGUUGUAAGAAGAAAAAGUUGACACUACCAUGUUAUAUGCCCACUAACCUAAUACUGUCCAUAUUAUUGACAUUGAUAUGAAUUAUAAUGAGGGAGUUCGUACGAGACUCUAUAAUUAUACUUAAGGAUUAUUGAACGACUCUAGAAACAUAGCAACGAAGCUACAGAAGUGCUGAAGUAGUGAGAAAGAGAGAGAAACGGGUGUAUUGAAACUGCAAACGUACAAUAUAAUUACGCGGAUGUCAUCUGCAACCGAUAUCGCAGAGUUGUGGAACUGUCGACUUGUGGGCCUUGAGUACUGAAGAUGAAGCUUCGUUGAAAUAAAUUACUCCGCUUGUAAACUUCCUACUAGUAACAAAAUCCAUUGCAGGAGAUUUUGUAUGUUAGGGCGGGGAAGGUGCGAUGAGCUAAGCGAUUCGUCCGAUUCUGCCAGCAAGAUGAUGAGUGGAUGAGCAGAAUGAAAAGUACGGAAGUAGUUUUCAAGUGAGAUGUGAUUUCUAGGUCCACUAUUUUGGAAAAGCUUAGAUUUAAUAGUAAAACAAGCUAAUAAGCUAUAAAUAACACUUAACACUCUCGUUAUCGCUUAGCCGACUUACAGGACAUACAAGGCAUUUGAACAGUUAAAGCGCGCAAUCACUUUAAAAUGUUGCCCGGGAGCACGCCAUGUUGCCACUUAGAUUCGUGUGACUGCUAUGCUUACUAUAACUGCCUGUUCUCAACAAAUGUGACUCCAAGCACAACUAAAUGUUCGCCCCAGCCUAUAGAACGACUACUACAUAUAUAUAUAUAUACACUCUCAGCGACAGAUGUUGGCUAAAACACAUUCUACGUCAACGAGGCAAUGUCAAUAAGUACGAACAAAUUGGGGACCUAAGCCGAGAGCGCACACGAAAGCAAUUUCAGAUGUUUUUCUUUGCUGGCUUAUGUCCAUGCAGAAGUACGAUAUCGCACCCCAUUCUUGCUGAAUUCUCCCUCCGACAAUUUUCAGCCGAUAAGCUGAAGCCGUUAGCGUAGCGGACCUUAUAACGUUUUCAUGUAAAACAUUUCAUGUUGACCGAUGAGAUGCGAAUGGACCGACCGUGAUGUUGAUACAGUAAUUACGUGACAUGUUUAAUUACUAAUAAACAAAUUGCAUGAUGUUCAGGCGUCUACAGGAUAUAAAAAGAGAUAUAUAAAUCUAUAAAAAUAUAUUAGGAACAUUAAUGCUUAUUACCAGCGCGGUUGGAAUCUUGGUGGGCGGGCUUUUUCAGGAAAAACUCCGCGUUCAUCAAGAAGCCGAUUCAAAAACACUGAUGAAAAACAAACACACGUUUAUAGGAUUGAAGAGUCUAGAAUAUGGGAAGGGAAAGAAUAGGACAACAAAAGUUCAUCCUGAUGAAAAUUAAUCGAAGUGGCGGCCCCGUUAUCGAAGGCGGGGGGUGUGAGUUUUAACCGUGAGCUAGGUGUGAUUAAAGGAAUAGACUACAGAAUGCAAGUCAGCGGUGAAUGCACAUUGCAUUAUGGGGUGCAAUGGGAGCAGACUGUAAGGGACGGCGAAACCGACAAGGUUCCCUCUACAAUACACAGUUACAAAAGGAACCUUGAAAGCCAUUGAUAACGAUAACGAAAAUGGUAAUCGUGACGCUAUUGUUCUGACGAAGAAAGAAGAAAAAUGUAAUAUGUACACAAAAGACGAAAAGAAGCAAUAGAGAGAGAGGGAGAGGAAAAGAAAUAGCAAUGGACUGCAAAGAGAAAUAAAGAGGAUGAUAUAAUUU